CUCUGAUCUUCAUUUUCUCUUUCAAGUAAUAAACUCUGCUUAAAGCUUAUUUCAUUGCAUCUCUAUCCUUGCCUCAAUUCAACAACAGAAUGUCUUCAGUAACCAUCUCUAAAACCGACAAGUACACCUUCAUCAACGUCUUUACACUCCACGACCCAGCAAACCAACAGAAGCUCAUCGAUGUAAUGUCGUCACUCAUGUCAGGACCUGGAAAGAAUGUCCCUGGCUUCGUCGCCUCGGCUCUUCACCGCAGCCAUGAUGGGACAAAAGUCGUGGUGUACAGCCAGUGGAGUACCAAAGAGGCAGGGGAAUCAUUGAGAGAUAUUGAGGAGCUGCGGCCGUAUGCGAUGCAGGCAAUGCAGUAUGCUUCGAUGACGCCUGUCAUGUACGAGGUGGCGGAUACUUUUGUUGGGCCGGAUUAUAAGCAGUGAAAGAGUUGUAUACUUAAUGUAUCGAAUGGGUUUGCAGAGUAGUGUUGUGCAGCUUUACGAAGUACUUGCAGCCACUCGAAUCUAGGCAUACCAUCAGCAAGAUUGCGGAAUCCAACAUGUCUGUAUGUUUCGGAAAUGCUCUGAGCAGGGAGGUUUCGUCGGCCACUGAA